AUGUUGCUUAACUGUGAGAAUUCACAUUUCUCCAAUGAAGCCGCGCAGCGCACGGCCGGGCCAAGCCGAGCUGGUGAGUGCGGGGCGGGGCGGGCGGGCAGGGCUCGGCUCCUUCCCCGGCACCGGCACCGGCACCUCCGCCCACUGCCACGCACCCCCAGCCCCGAGCUCGGCCGGGCGCACGGACAUGCCCGCGCACCGGGGCGAUCUGACCCCGAGGGUUUCCCUGCAGGUGGGCGGAGGAGCGGGCUGCGCGACCCGGCCGUGGGUCCCGACCCGGUCCCUCGCGCUGCCCCCGGCCCCGACUCAACUCUUUCCUUUUUUAGUGAAUUCUUUUGCUCUCGCUCAUCCCUGGCAGCCGCUGCCAGGUCCCGGCUCCGUGCAGCCCGGACUCCCCGGGUGGCAGCAAACUUGAGAUGGGCCACCCUCCCCGCGGCCCCCUGGAGCCUGCCACCCACGUGCACCAGUCAUUGCCAUCCCGUGGCCAGAUCCACAGGCCACAGCUCAUGCAGGGCAACCCCCCCAUCUGUGUGUGUGCCACCCCCUCCUCAGCAUCCCCGUGUCCCAUCUGUGUGUGUGCCACCCCUUCCUCAGCAUCCCCGUGUCCCAUCUGUGUGUGUGCCACCCCUUCCUCAGCAUCCCCGUGUCCCAUCUCUGUGUGUGCCACCCCCUCCUCAGCAUCCCCGUGUCCCAUCUGUGUGUGUGCCACCCCUUCCUCAGCAUCCCCAUGUCCCAUCUCUGUGUGUGCCACCCCCUCCUCAGCAUCCCCGUGUCCCAUCUGUGUGUGUGCCACCCCUUCCUCAGCAUCCCCGUGUCCCAUCUGUGUGUGUGCCACCCCUUCCUCAGCAUCCCCGUGUCCCAUCUGUGUGUGCCACCCCCUCCUCAGCAUCCCCAUGUCCAAUCUGUGUGUGCACUACCCCCUCCUCAGCAUCCCCAUGUCCCAUCUAUGUGCCACCCCCUCCUCAGCAUCCCCGUGUCCCAUCUCUGUGUGUGCCACCCCCUCCUCAGCAUCCCUGUGUCCCACCUGUGUGCACUGCCCCUCCACAACAUCCCCGUGUCCCACUUCUGCGGUGUCCUCCCCCACCCCCAGCGUCCACCUCCACAAACAUGACCCCACCCCCAUCCCAUCAACCCCCUCUCCCAUCCCCCUUCCCAACCCACAGGGCCCUUCCACCAGCUCCUCUCCCUCCCCUCCCACAUAGUACACCUCUCCCUCACCCAUCAACCAGCCGCUCCCAUGCCCACACUCAGCUCUGUCACCCCUAUUUCCCUGCUCAUCUCCCCACGCACCAGCCCCCUUCUCCCACGCCUCACAGCAACUGACAGCACCAUCCUC